AUGGCGACCGUUAUCACGCUCCAGCCUUCGGGCUAUUCCAAUCCUGAUCUCCGCACCGCCUCGACCCCAACGCUUUCUCCAUCCCCCAUAUCUCUACACUCGACCCUCCCCCGCGUACGGGAUGGAGCCAGUUGUGACGCUUGUCUCCGCAGAAAGAGCAGGUGUGCCAUGAACGAGAUGGUCAACAAAUGCUAUUCCUGCGAUUUCCAUCGUCAGGACUGUACCUUCACCCUCACAGUGCAAGAGGCUCCCUCCAAGAAGCGGAAACUGGACGGACCGGAGCCCGCGGAAGCGAAGCGGUAUGGAAUUCUACCCUGGGCAUAUACCUCAGAGCCGGAGAGACAGGGACAGUGUGUUCUGACAGCUCCCAGGCCCUCCACAAUGCAACCGGCGCAUGCGGUAGAGAUCGAGCACCCGCUAGCAGUGAACAUGAUUCGCCCUGGCUUCUUCGACCAGUCCACCCAGCACAUUGGCAUGACCACCGAGCUGGAGCCGACAUUGCUCGAGUAUCUGCCAUUGGAUCAAUACGACGAAUGCACAGUGUCAAACUCGCGUGUGCGUAGAUGCGCCGAUGAUGGAACUUUCAUGCGUGUGGUCAACAUUCUGCCUCCCGGUGACUCACAGACCUCUCCUCUCGACACCAUUGAGAGCAUGGUUGCUCCCUACGGUGCAACAUUGAUUGAGAAGUUCUUCGACCAUGUGCACCCUUCGUUCCCGAUUUUGAUAGAGGAAGCGUUCCGCCGAUCAUACCGUGAACGCCGCAGUGUGUCGCCACUACUACUGGCCGCAGUAUACGUCUUGACAUUGAAGUUCGUUGAUGUCGGUGCUAACUCGCAAACUACGCGGAAACCGGAUGCCGCCCGUCUGGAGGCUACGGCGCUCAAGAUGCUAAUGGAAUCUUUAUCAUCUCCCAGUGUGUCAACUAUUCAAGCCGGACUCUUGUUGACGCAAAAGUCGACAUUGGCUACGGCCUCAUUGAACGGGCAGCUAGUCACGGCCUGUUUCGAGCUGGGCCUGCAUCAGGACUGCACGAACUGGCGCAUGGAGACGUGGGAGAAGGGUCUACGGAAAAGGCUUGCGUGGGCUUUGUAUAUGCAGGAUAAGUGGUCGUCGCUGGUGCACGGCCGCCCUUCUCAUAUUUUCGCCUUUAACUGGACGGUGAAGGAUCUCGUGGAGCAGGACUUCUCAGAUGCCUUUGCCUCCGGGACUGACUCUUCACACGAUGAGACCGCCGUCGGCCAUGGGCCCCUUCUCUUCUGCCACAUGGUCGCACUAACAACCAUUCUAUCCGACAUUCUCGACCGCUUCUACACCCUCCACGCCAUUGAAGAGUUCUCCGCCGCUGGAAAUCAGCGCACGCGCAUGAUUCUCGAAAAGGCCAAACCAGCUCAAAUCCGACUGAAGGACUGGUUCUCUUCUCUCCCACCAUCUCUCAAGAUGGAAACUUCAACCGGCGAACUUGUCGAAACAAUCACAGACGAACACGCCCGCAACGGUGCCCUCCACCUCGCCUACUUCGCCACUGAGAUAACCCUGCACCGCUGUAUAGUCCGCUCCCUCUUGGCCGAAGGUACAGACCCCUACCUCGCGCACAUCUGCCGUUCCGCCGCCAAAACGCGCCUCAUCUCCGCAAUGGAUUUCGUCAACCGUCUCCGCCCCGCCCACCUGCGCUCUUUCUGGCCCGCCUCCGCACGCACAAACUUCUCCCUAAUUGGCUCCUUCGGCAUGCUCCUCCGCAUCACCGCCCCAACAAACGAGGAAGCAGACUUCUACCGCGUCCGCCUAUGCGAGUACCGCUGGACCCUAGGCGUCAGCCACAAAAACGCCGAAUUCAUGGGCUUCGCGCUCCAAAGUCUCGAUAACGCCACCAUGCUGCACAAGCACGUCCCCGCGAAGCCGGGAAUCGCCGAGCUGAUGGCAUCCUCAUGCAAGAACGCGGCACCGCGCAUGCCCUCGUCAGCAAUGAACUCUUACGAUGAAGCCCUGAUGGAUGCCGGAGGCACGGGUUCCAGCUCAGUGAUUUCGGGUCUUGCUUCGCCUGCCACCUCCGUCAGUGAUGGGGAAGACGCGGAAACUUCUAUGGCGCCUCUAUGA